CCCCUCCGCGCGCAAAUGUAUUGCCGUGCGCAAAUCUUGAGCGCCGCGGUGUGCGAGAGUGGGGCGGGCCCGCGAGCAGUUCCGUGCAGUGUCCCGCUGCCGACCGGACCGCAGCGCCGCGCUCAGAGCGCCAGGACCCGCGAGGACCCACGUCACGGCUAACAAGGGAUGGCGUCCGACACGAUGGUGCAGCUCCAGCAGCAGGGCGCGCUGGAGGGCGUGACGGAGCAGGCCCAGCUGGAGGAGCUCGACCUCGCCUUCUACCAGGGGACGCUGCGGAAGGCCGAGGGCGACGGCGACCUGCGCCUGCACGGGCUGGACGUGCGUCCAGGGUGCAAGGUGGGGGACAACUUCUCGAGCAUCGUGACGAGGAACACCGCCCGGGGCGUGCGCGGCAACGGGACCGGCUUCCAGCGCAGCGUGAUUGUGAAGCGCGCGCCGGACCGCGACAGAUUCCGCUGCCUGGCGGCGUUCGCCAAGGAGACGGAGGCGUACUCGGUUCUGGUGCCCGCGCUGGCGCGCGCUGUCUCCUGGAGCCGUCUGCCGCUGCCGCGCUGCCUGCACGCCUCCGAGACCGAGCGGCCGGACCACAUUGUCCUGGAGGACCUGGCCGCCGAAGGGUUCGCGAUGCCGCCCCGCGGCCGUGAGCUGGAUCAGGCACACGCCGCGCUCGUGCUCCGUGCACUGGGCCGCUUCCACGGCGCCUCCCUCGCGCUGCGCUACGCCGACCCCGCCACCUUCCACCGGCUGCGCGCCGACACGGCCGAGCUCAUCUUCUUCCCCGAGGCCGAGGCCGUGUUUUCGUCCACCCUGGGUGCCGCCGCUUCCCUGGCCGUGCUCAGCCUCAAGCGCUCGGGCCGCGCCGACCUCGGCCGACGGCUUACCGCGCGCGCCGCCGCGCCGGGCAUCUUCCGGGAGAUGUGCGACGCCGUGCUGCCACCCACGGACGAUGGAGAGGUGCCGGCCGUGUUCACGCACGGUGACUGCUGGGCCAACAACCUGCUCUUCAGAUACAAGGACGGGCAUCCGUGCGAGACCAAGCUCAUCGACCUGGCGGGCAUCCGCUGCUCGUCGCCCGCCCUGGACCUGCUACACUUCUUGUACACGAGUGUGUCGAGGGAAGUGCGUACCGUGCAUCGCCAACAACUUCUGGACGAGUAUCUUGACUCGCUGCGUGAGACGCUGCAGGAGACGGCCGGAACGAACCCAGCUGUUGACCAGCACACAACGAGCACGAUCGUGGCGACAGGUAUUCCCUUGACCAGGGCACAGCUGGAAGUGGAAAUGCGGAGGCGCGCGCCGUUCGGCCUUUGGAUGGGGCUGUGGAUGCUGCCCGCCAUCUUCUUCAGCCCCAGCCUUCUGCCCAAGGGUCCGGGGCCGGUCGACUACUACUCGCAGGCGACGCAGGCGCACCUGUGUGCCGCCCUGCCCAAGGAGUUUCACCAACGCGUACUUCACCUGGUAGAAGAGCACGCAGAGAUCGGCGCCCUCGAGAACGAAUCCAGGGAAGCCUGAACGCCUUAUCCCCGACAAAUCUGCAUGGAAACGGGAGGUUUUGGUUUUAGUCGGAGUAUGCAAUUGAGUGAGUGACGAAAGCUCCACCCAAAGCAGCCAUCUAUUGAUAGAUACUAGUCAUGUUGGCGUUACUGUAUUAGUGGAUUCUAAUAGCAUGACUAGACUUGUAAAAUUGUAAAAAUUAUUCGUCUCAUUUAAAAAGGGACCUUUUUCACAAAGUGUAAGCGAGAAUUGGUCUCGCAACGUUUACCAAGUUACCAUUUGAAUUCGUAAAGUUACGCAUCUCAAAACGUGUAUUGUAUUUUCCUAUGGGAACUAUUCAGUUACCAUUUUGAAUAGUCAAAUAGGAUUCGCAACUUUAAAGUUUGUACAUAUUUCUCAGAGCAGCUGAGACAGCUCAAAACUUUUUCGUACGUACACACCAAAUUUUUCUGAACUUUUCGAUUGAUGGCUGACUGUUAACAUGCUCACCCUACGGAUUGUUUAUUACGCACGUAUGAACAAUUUCUGAACGAAUCUGUUAGGGUCGUUUAUACUAGCCAUUUCAUACAGGGGCACGAGCGUAACGGGGGUCUGCCCUACCACUUGUUACGUGCCCAUGCCCACGCAUCGGCACUGUGUUGGGAGCUCUACCUGAAUCAGAUUUCCAGGGAGAAAAACACACAAAAUAUUUUUUUUUAAUAUUUGUACAGUCACCAAUCUUUCUGGUGGUCAACGGAUAUUUCUGUGGGGCGCAUAUUAAUGCAACCACACCGAGAACAUAGUUUCAGUAAGGUACCGGAUGGUCAAAGCGAUCACCUCAGUCCUCAGUGUUCCGGGUUUGCAUACCGUCCCGUACAACAAAACAGCCGAUGAUCAACGUACGAUAACUCCUAUAUGCACAACAGCUGAGUUUUCUUAGUUUUAUUUACAUUGGGAUUUUUUUUCAUUAGUGCUUCGUUUCGCAGAUAACACAGAGUGUUAACGUUUGUUUCUUACUGGCGUAUUAAAAAUAUGCAGUCUGAGCAUGUACCAGGACCAGUUGGCUGGCUCACGCCUCGCACUUUUGUAGUUACACUCUGUACCGCAUGCACGGGUGCGAGCGGGUUUGCCUAUCCUCUCUGCCCAUGGCUCCUUACGGCCCCGUGCGAGUAGGUAACCCACCCGCACGCGUGCAUGCUGUACAGUAUACUUAUUUAAGUGCGCGGCGUGAGUCUGCUACCUAGAAGAAAUCAGUAAGCCAUGAAAUAAUGAAUUAAAAAGUUCAUAAGAUUGUAAUCAUUUUAGUGGGUAUACACUUAUGAUGUGUAUACUUUUGUAUCCCGUGAAGAAAAUCAUCAGAGUUCUUGCUGGUUCAUUACAAUAUAGGUGAAUUUGCAGACAUAUGCAGACAUACCCCGCUUGCCCCCCUGUUUAACAAAUCCUCUUAAAACUACAAUUUUUUACUGCUGUAUAGCCUGAAAACUGGGAAUUAAACGAAUAGCAGUGGAAUCAACCAAUGCCACCUCGAAGUUCGUUGUUCCGAUUCGGCAAGAAAGCAAUGCUCUCGCAUUUAUCAUUACGGCGGCAUUAAAUACAGUAAUGUAACACAAGCCGAUCGCCAUCACUCCCGGCGCGCCCUUCGCCUUUCACGCCCUGCCAGGGUUAUCGCGGCGACGAGAGGAUGAAUCGUUGCCAACAUUUUCUUCAAGUUUGGUACAAGUUAAACAGUGUCAACAAUGCUGUAAAAAAAGGACCAAAGUCCAUGCAAGAAACAAAAUUCGAAGCCCAGUUACUUUUAUAGCACUGGGGCAAAACUUUUAUUUGUAUAGACUCAGCAUUUUUUUCACUGCGUAGAGUGCAGUUCUCUUCAGCCUUUCAUAGGACUAGGAAAAGUUCUUAUCUUUUCUCGUCGAGAAUGUACAUUCUUUCAGUACUUGCAUUAUUCCGGGAGAGCUGGGCGCCUGCGAUACUCAGGGUAGCCCAUCCCGCAGUACACGCAUACACUGCAGGCAAGAUUUUGCCUACCUAUCAGGCGCUAUGAGAGCUUGGAUUGGCUAUACUUGGCUGUUUUUUUGUUUUUGUUUUGUUUUUUAUGAAUCCACGACAAUACGGGAAUUUAAGUUACAGAAUUAGUGUAUUUCUGAGCAAAACAUUCAUAUUGAGUUUUAUGUAUUCCUUGUUUUUGCACGGCUUGACUUCCCUAAGUGAUAAUUGCCCGUUUUCUUUAUGAAAUCCCAAGAAUUUCUUGGGAUUUCAUAAAGAAAACGGGCAAAUUUUUUCCUAUGUAACACGACACGUGAUGACCAGUUUGUGUACACUUAAACGACCUACGAUCCGGAGGAGUCCUUGCACUUGUUUGGAAAACGGGAGUCGGCGAAAAUAAUAAAUCCUGAGUGAUCUCGAAAAA